UUUUAUUUUGGUAGGCUGUACUCAUUGACGUGAAAUUAGCUCAUUACGCGAAUAUAUUUUGAGGUUAUAGUUGUUCAUAAAUUUGCUAUGUCGUCAAAAGCAGUUCAAACAUUAGGAAUUUUCCAAAAAGCAACGAAAUUUGAUAAAGGAAUAGGCGCCUGUUUACCCGAGGGGUACAAAAAAUUCUAUAAAGAAUGGAAACACACAGAACCUGCUGCUGUUCAUUAUAUACCCGAAGAAGGCAGAUAUCGACGUGAUGAAGUUACAGGAGAAGUAUUUCCAAUACAAAACAUACCACUGCCAUUGAAAUAUCCUCUCGAAUAUAAUGAUCAAAUGUGGGGAGGAGAAGCUGUUGUGCAAGGUUUUCAAAAAAGAGAUCAUUAUGCAAGAAGAGUUCCUAGAUUUUGGGUGCCUGCAUUAAAACGUACUGUUGUUUACAGUGAAGUUUUGGACAAAUACAUUUCUGUCAUUGUAACAAAUAGAUUGUUAAAUUUGAUUCAUUCUAAUUAUGGGUUUGAUCAUUAUAUUUUAAAAACACCAGCUUGUGAUUUAAAAUCGCUUUUACCACUGGGGAUAAAACGGAAAAUUUUACAAGAACUCUCUAAAGGUUGCCCAACUUACACAGAUAAUCAAACAAAACAACAAGAAAUUAUGGAGCAAUACAGUCAAUAUUUAUCCGCUUACACAGAUGAAGAAAUUGAAUGGUAUGGGUAUUCAUUUAACCAAGCCUGUAAAAAAUUAAAAGACUCAAUGGAUGCAGCUAACCAACCAACACCUUUAAAACACGUUUAUAGGGCCCAAUUAAUAGAAAAGUUAAAAGCUGCUAAAUUAGAGGGUAACAAAAGUGAUGUAGAGAUGAGUCAAUCAAGUUCAUGGAUUCAAAGAAUUAAUCCCUUUGGUAAAAAACACGAGACAUAAUGAGAAAGUGUUUUUGUUUAGUAUAAAAAUGAAAUAAAACUAUUUAGAACAAU